AUGAAUAUACCGCAGGAUCCCGGUACUCCGAUGCAGCCUUCUGCUACUGCCUUUGUUUUUCUAGAUGCGCAUACGAUUGCACUGGCGGGCUUCCUAUCAGCAGCUUUCGGCACUGGUUCCUUGGAGUUGCAGUCUGAGCCUACGACGGACGACCCGAAGGGUUUGAUUGACGUAUUCACCUACCACCUCUCCCACAUUCGCACGUUUGCGGUAUACGCGUCACGAACCCUUCUUGCUUAUACAGGGAACCGUCUCCUUGCAGCUGCAGAUCCUCUUCCGUGUGACUAUUCAUCGGACGAUGAGGACCAGAAGGGACCUCCGCCGCGUCUGCACAUCUUUGACUUCUCGCAGCCUCUCCUCGAGUUACUGUUUCGGUUGGAUGAGGAGCAACGUGACGCCCUCUCCACCCACAUCGUCUCGAGGAACGUAUCGGCGCAAGUGCGAGUUGUCUCCCGCAAGUACGUGACUGUACCCACCGCGUGGGAUGAGCCGGAGAUCGACGCCGAGUACCUAUGGCCUACGGCCUGCCCACCCGAAUGGCAGGGGCAUCUCGUGGAGCUGUACGAGCGCGAUCAAGCCAGACGUGAGGGUGAGAGUCCUAUACCAGCGUUUGAAUACGACGAAGGCCCCGUGGAGCACCGUGAUGCAGUGUCGUUUGGCUACGUGCAGACCCGCCUUCAGUUUACAGAGAACAUCGACAUUGAGCGUAUCGCGAUUACGAGCUGUGGGGUUGUUGAGGUCCCUGGGCCGAUGAAUGACGGAUGGGUCUUCUAUUUCGAUGAGGCUGAUUAG